CUUGGGAACAGUUUCCUCAGCGCAUAUUGAUGCUUUUACUCCCGACCUGAGACCCAACAACAACCACUGCUGCCGCUUCACUCUGAGUAAAACACUGAGGCUUUUCUGGAGGUCUCCAUGUCUGCCUCCAGGUUCGACCGCGUGAGGGAAAUGCCUCUCUACGACCAGGUCCCAAUGAGCCCUGUAUGGAGGGACACUAACCUGCCCCCGCCACCCCCACCACCACUACAGGCCACCACCCCAGCACUCAGCUUAGACCCCCUCCCCCCUCCUCCCCUACCUGAGCAGCCAGCUGUGGGGCCUGACACUUUCUACGACUCCGGUGAUGAGGAACCGGCAGAGGCGGACUGUGACGCCAUGGACAUCAAGCCGGUCCGUCGCUUUAUUCCUGAUUCUGUCAAAAACUUUUUCCGGGGAAACAGCGGCAAACAGGGCAGCAAGGGUUGGCCCCUUUCCUCGGCUAGUCAAUCCCCUGCCCCCUCAGCCAGUAAGGGCACUGUCUCCCAAACCACGAUGGGGAUCCCCUGCUCACCACCAAACUCUGCCCCUCCGUCUCCCUCACUCCCUGGCUCCUAUCGGGACCCCUACGGUGGGUCUGGAGGGAGUUACACCACACAGAAGGAGCGAGAUGGACUGUUGCUGGGUGCUGAAGCUAUUGAUCUGGCUUCUGCCGCGCCGAGUAACCUGUCAGCCCAGACCUACAUAGAACGCGUGGAGGAGUACCAUCUGCGCUAUGCCUACAUGAAGUCUUGGGCUGGCCUGCUCAGGAUCUUGGGCGCUGUACAGUUGCUACUUGGAGCCGCAGUGUUUGCAUGUGUCUGCGCUUACGUUCACAAGGACAAUGAAUGGUUUAACAUGUAUGGAUACUCCCAGCCGCAGGUGUAUGGAGGACUUGGUGGAGCCGCUCAAGUGUAUGGAGGUGGGGGCAGUACCUACACAGGCCCCAAGACGCCCUUUGUCCUGGUUGUGGCGGGGCUGGCGUGGAUUGUCACUGUUAUUCUCCUUGUUCUCGGAAUGACUCUGUACUACAGAGCCAUUCUUCUCGACUCGUCUUGGUGGCCCCUGACAGAGUGCUCCAUCAACCUGGUGUUGGCUGUGCUCUACAUGGCGGCAGGCAUCGUUUACGUGAGGGACACCACCAGAGGAGGACUAUGCAACUCGCCCGUCUUCAACAAUCCAGUAAACGGGGCGUUUUGUCGCACAGAGGCGGGCCAGACAGCGGCCAUAAUCUUCCUGUUCCUCACAAUGGUGCUCUACUUCAUCAGCGCAGGAGUCUGUCUGAAGCUGUGGAGGCACGAAGCGGCCAGGAUGAGGAGGGAGGCGAUGGAGCAGGAGAUGAAGACCAUCGGAUCUUCCCUCCCGCUGUCUGUACUGGAUUCGGCCUCCAAAGCCUCGGCACCGACUCCUCUUCCCACCCUUGCGCCUGACAUCAUGAAUGGGUCGAGCAGCGCUGCGGCCGCUCCUCUGAUGGCGGCCGAACCAGAGAUUCUCCGAGGCCACAUACCAGCGGGCUAUAUCCCCAAACCUGUCAUCAUAGCAGACUAUGUUGCAAAGUAUCCCAGCAUCAAGUCCGAUGAGGAGCGGGACCAGUACAGGGCCGUCUUCAACGACCAGUAUGCUGAGUACAAGGAGCUGCAUGCUGAGGUCGAGGCCAUGGCCAGGAAGUUUGAGGAGAUGGAUGAGAUGAUUCAGAGCCUCCCCUCCAGGCCUGCGAGUCAAAUGGAGAAAGAACGGAUUAACGGCAUUCUGAGGGAAUAUCAGAGGAAGAAAGCUGACCCCACAUAUUUGGAGAAAAGAGAGCGUUGUGAGUACCUAAAGAGCAAGCUGUCCCACAUCAAACAGAAGAUCCAGGAGUACAACAACACUGUGAACUAGAACAUCCUGCUGCAUACAGGGAAAUAAAGCUGUCUGCAACCAGGAAAUCCAAUCAGCAGCCUCAUUCUGCUCACUGUCAGCCAUCUUUAUGUGAAUCUAUCUGACAAUAUUCCCAUUGUGUUGUUUAAGGAACUGAUAGCUUGAGAAAAAAGGGCUGCUCCGGUCCCUUCAAAGGGAACUCAGCAGAAAUGUCUUUCAUUCAUGGAAACACAGACUCCUUUCCCUGGAUCCUUGAGUCUAAUUGAAAUGACAUUUUAGACGUAAAACAGAAAUAAAGGUAAUGCCUUGCUCAUCGAACACACAGACGGAUGGGAUCUCACCUUUACAUCUGCUGAAAAGAGAGAAAGCUGGGGCAGAUGUUAGAUUAAAAAAUAAAGUACUUGAUGUAGAGAAAGUACACCUGGUCAGACUGAUAUGUAGAAAUGAGACGUUCCUCAGCAGCUUUGUUAUAAUUAACUUUAAGAGCAGAUAUCAUCUGAGGUACAAGCAAAAUUUA